UACAACUCACGCCUCACAAAAGUUGCUUCUACCUAUCGACAUCAGGCCUAAACAUUCGAUCAACUUCUUCACCUGCACCGUUAAGACGGCUAUUGAGUUCCUCACUCAAACAACGAUACGGCUAGUGAAUGCUACUAAUUUGAGACCGGUGCAUCUACUGGACACAUCCGACAAGUUGUCACUGACGACGAUUCUGUGAUCAUUACUCAUCUCGACAAGCUUUUCGUCCGACUCCUGCCUCGGCAAUUCGGCAGCUCAGCGAUACCGCGAGGCCUGUCUGUCACAAUGUCGUGUCCAGAGCCUAUGGACGAGGCUCCUUCACCCCUCUUGCCAGACGCCAAGCCAACCGGAUUAGACCUAAACAACGGAGGUGAUCCAGAGACGCACGGAGAAAUUCCUGAGGAACAACUUGCUUUCUUUGCGCGAAUGAGUAACGUCUCCGCCUAUCCAACCAUUGAGGGCGAAACUGUCGAAGAGCUCAAGGAGCGACACCAAGAAGCUAAGAUCGCCAUCGAAAAUUCUCUGAGAAACAAUACCCUGGUCCCCGAAGAGCGAGUGAUCUUCGAAUCAUUACACAAGCAGUACCUGGCGGCAGAGGCAGAGCAAAAUGAACCCAAACAGCACAACACUGAAGAAACCGGCAACGGCAAUAAGCGCAGAAGAACUUCCAGCCCGUCCUUGUUCGUGAGGCCGGACGAGAAACCCUGUGCCGACGCGAUCGAUUUGGCUGGAGCGUCGCCCAGCUUAAAGAGAAAGCUUGAGACAGAACCAGUACAGUCGCCUACGAUCGACAAACCAGCAAAGGAGAAUGAGACUAUUCGACAGUCGCUGGACUGUUUAGUCGCAGAGGCUCCGGAGCACAAGAAGCAAGCAGCGAUACGUGACAGGACAAGAGUUCUACACGCAGUCAGCCAGUUCCCUCCAGACGAGAUACAAUAUCUUGGAGACGGAAAUUGGACGAUCGGCGGUGUUAUCACUCCUCUCAGAACUCAUCAGGUCAUCAAUGUUGGUUUCAUGAGAUGACGAGAAAAGGCCACAAGCGGUUCGAAGGGUGGCAUCCUGGCUGACCAGAUGGGCCUUGGUAAGACUGUCUGCAGUCUGACAAGUAUGGUUCAGGGCAAGUCUCUAUGUGGCCCAAGAGAAUCCACUACUAGUCUGGUCAUCGU